UCUACUGCACGCUAAACUUUCUUUUCUUUUCUUUUCUUUUCUUUCUUUCUUUACUUUGAUCAGUGUCUCCGGGUUUCAGAAUGAACUGAGAGAGGGUGUGUGUGUGUGUGCGUGCGCGCGCGCGCGCGCGUGUGUGUGUAUGUGCGUGUGUCCUCAUACUUAAAUAUGCGGCGUCUAAACAGAGCCCUUAAAGCUGAUUCCUCGCGCGCCGGUGAUGUCAUUUGGGACCACCGAUCGACACAGUUUAGUUCACUGCGCUGAAGUUUCUCCGGUUUUGGAUGCAGACCUGAUGGACCUCGCGCUAUUUAUAAGCCGUAUGUAACAGAACUCCUCUGAAGCUGAACACUUCUGGAUAAAACGGGAAGACAAUGUCACAAUCAGGGUGGGCACUAAUCUGUCUCCUGCUGUUCAGGGCAGGAACUGCAGGAGAGGUGACUCUGCAGUGCGGAGUUUCUCCUGCAGGGGUGCUGCAUCCUGUUCAUGCUCAGCUUGAGCGCUUCGAGGCAGGGCCAGGCUGUGCUGCCAGAGAGGGCGGGGCUAAAGAGACCCAUGUGAUCUCUGUGGCGAGACCUAAUCACAGUACUGACAAGCUGGUGACAGUGGUUCUGAGGCCACUGUCUUACUCACAUCCUGUCCAUCGUCCAGUCAUUCUCGUACUGAGUUCCCAGGAUGCCAUGCACUGGGUUCUGGAGAGUGAAGGACUGCCGAAGAAUCUCCAUGUGCUGGUGCAGGUCUUGGUGAACUCCACUCUGGAGAACGGAGGUGUGUCAGCUCGUGUCCAUACCAUACCAUCAUUGCCGUGGCGACCUCGUGCUCUACUGCGCUGGACGCUUCAGCGUCAUGCAACUGUCUCCUCCCUUACACACUCAACCAGCGCCAACCGCAUCUACCUCCGCCUAGGAGAAGAUCCCAGCAUGCCGAGCGUGUGUCGCCUAAAGUCUCUCUUCCUCUCUCAUAACUACAUGGUGUCCAAGCUACAGGAACAGGAAGUGAAUGGCUGCGCCUCCUCAGAGAGUCUCCUCACCCCGGAAGUGCACAUCAUCAAGCUGUGGUCUGCCGGCUCCGGACUCUGUGGGUCCUUACAGGUGGAGGUGUCUGUCUCUCUGCUGCCCCCGGUGGCUGAUGCUGGCUGGUGUAAUGUGGUGUUAGUGUUAAGCAGUGCUGCUCCAGUCAACUGGGCUCUGGUGACUCCGGGUCUCCGUGGCCACAUCACAGUUCACUCGACUCACAGCGUGACGCCUCUCUAUCCUCCCAAACCCGACCUCACCAUGAGCAGCACCAUCGUCCCUGACCUCCUCACAACCCCUGACCUGCUCGCCUGGGCCAAUCACAACGGCUAUCCCUCUGUGAUGUCGUACACGGAAGCUCAUCUAGCCAAUCGGCUGGUGAUCAAGCUGAAAGGAGGCGGGACAGUGCAGGCUGUCAGGGAGGCGAAGGUGGAGGAGACGUGGCUGAGACACUGGAUGUCUCAUGAGGUCGGCGACGAUGUGGGCAGCAGGAAGGUGGUUAGUGUGCAGUGUGCAGAUGGACGCCUCGCUGUCUCUGUGGAUAAAAGCUCCUUACAGGCUCUGCCUCUGUCAGUUUCAUCGGUGACCCUGAAGGACCCCUCGUGCCAGGCACGGUCCAACGGGAGCCAUUUCCUGUUGGUGUUUCCAGUCAUUUCCUGUGGGACUGAAGGAGAGAUGGAGCAACAUGGCAGAGAAGUGCAGUACAAAAACACGAUAUUGCUGUGGAGGUCUAAGCCAUCACUGAAUAUGUCGGAAAAGACAGACGAGAAAUCAGCCAACGAGUCGACUCCACUGGUUAUACAUGUCAGAUGUGCAGCUCCUCUGCCUGCUCUCAGUAGCGCGUCUCCCCCGAGUUCAUCCUCCAGGCCACAGGGGAUGCUGCGGAGUGGAAGUGGCCCCGGUUCUGCCCCCGGCCCUGCCCCCGGCCCAGGCUGGCUCCCGGCCCCACAUGGUGGUCCUCUGUUCUCCAUGCGGCUGUUUGCCACAGACAGGUUUGAACAGAAAGCAGUGGGGCCCUGCAUGGUGACGGUUCAGGGACGAGUGUAUGCCGAGAUCUCCGGCAGUGUGGGGGUCAGUGAGAUGUUAGAGGUGCGCUCGUGUGUGUUCUCUCCUCUGUCAGACCCACGCGCUCAGACCAGUUGGUCCAUCAUCAGAGACUUCUGUCCCGUGGACUCGUCCUUCAUCAUGCACACAGAGGUGGGGACAGAACGUGGAGCAGGUGAGGAUGGAGACGGAGACCCUGAGAGUAACGAGGGAGAAGGAGAGGACAGCGAUGAUGAAGAAAGACCGGAGGAAGGCGUGGGUGAAAGAGAGAAAAACGGAGAAGAGGACGAGGCACAAUCUGUUCCAAAACCGAGAGACGAUGAGGAGGAUACGGGGACGAGGAGACUUCCCUCAGAUACUCAGAGAGACAGAGGUUUAUGGGGAACAAGAGACAGAGUGUCCAGAGGAGUGGAGGAGAAACACAGGACAGACAGGAAGGAGAAGACAGUCCAGCUCCGCUUCAGCUUCAUCCUGCGGCCAGUGUUUAAUAACUCCAUCCAGUUCCUGCACUGCAGCCUGCAGCUGUGUGGAGACGCCACUGAGACACGCAGAGACUGUACACACACACCUGCUCCCACACACACACCUGCACCUCAACAGUCUCAGUGUGAAUACAGGAAGUUGUCCAGGCCAGUGUUGGUCACGUAUCUCCCUGAAGCACUGGCUGGUCUGGUGCCGCCACCUGCUGGUAAACUGGCUCAGAAGCCUCGUGUGACAGAGACAGUGAUGUCCAAGCACAGCUCAUCCAUCAGCGUCACCAGCUCUCUGUUGAUCAGCGUGAUUGCAGCGUUCCUGAUGGGGAUCGUCCUGAUGGGGGCGCUGUGGUGCAUCUACACCUGCACAGGGAGACCUGCGAAUGGGCCUAGAAACAAUCUCCAGGAGAUCCUGACUUCCUGGAGCCCGAUGUCUCCGGUGGAACACACCACCAGCUCGGUGUAGAGGGGCUGAGGAAGAGGAUGGUGUGUGUGUGUGUGUGUGUGUGUGUUUGAGAGAGAGAGUACUUUCCCUCGGACAAUCCCGUGCAUCAUAAAAAACUGGAACGUCAUGAGCCAUGAACUCAUUAACGAGCCUCUGUGUGCAGAACCGCCGAAACCACUUCACUCAGCACCACUGGGGCAGAUGUUGACCUUUAGAAGCGGCUUAAUGACCUGCCUGCUACGUGACGCAACCCAUGCUGAAAUCUGGACUCUGAUUGGUCAGAAAGUGUGGCUUGGUUUCCUGUAGUAGGAACCCUUUCGCUCGUUCCUGUCGAUACGAUACCGUGGGUCAGUGUUGAAAAGCUUUCGGUAAGGAGAUGUAUGGAAGGAGUCUCCAGUGUCAGCGCUUUGGACCGGUCAGAGGUCGUGAUUUGACAUAUUUUUCUCUGUAACAUGACAAGUGGUCUUUUGCCUUAUUAACUUCGAGAGGGAGAAAAGAGACACAGCUGAGGGAACGACUGGUUAGAGCUGCUAGAACCUACGUGAGAACAGGAACUAACUUGAUUUGUCAAUGUUCUUCAACAUGAAGUGUAUCUAUAAACGGAUAGAAAGUGAACCUCCUUCUUUGGCUUUUCGCAGACUUGUUUAAAAAAAAAUAAAAAAGGUAGCUUGAGCUGCUUUUCAGUGCAGGCUUCAGACUAAUUAUUUAGAGAUGAAGUAAUUCUAGACUAAUGAUGUAUGUGUGUGUGUGUGUGUGUGUGUGUGUGUGUGUGUUGUGACCGUGACCGUGACUGAUUUCACUGUUUUAGUGUUUCUCUCGUUCCUCCCUGUUUACA